CGGAGGAUGUCAGAAGAUAUAAUUUGUUCAUUCUGUAAAUGUUGAAGCAAUUAAGUUCUUUUGUGUAUGUCAUUGAGAUUUAUUUUAUACCGCAUGUAAUCAAUGAAAAGUAUAUGUUGUGUAAAAUUUAAAACAUUUAACAUAAAAGUAAACUUUUGAUAUCUUAAUUUUUCGAAUAAUGGAAACAAUGUCGGACAAUGAAGAUCUCAAUACGAACAAUGAAAGUUCAGAAGUCGAUAAACAGGACGACAGUGACAUGACUCUAAAACACAGGAAAAUUAUGGACUGUGCAAAGGAAACAUUUGAGUCAGCCUCACGAAUGCUACGAAGGAAGAUUCCUUGCACAGGCCAUCUGAUGACACCUCGCAGAUUAUGGAUCCAAACUAUACCUACCCACGAGUGCGACGUGGUGCUAAUGUUUCCAUCAGGUGCACAGGACUUCACUCUGAUGUGGCUUCUAUCACGGUUGCGUGCUGGCACACCAGGUCUUGUUGUACACGUAAGACACCAUUCUUCCUCAGAUAGCUAUGGCUUCUACCUCACUGCUCCAUUCAAUGUGUUGAUGAAAGCAGCAGAAGAGUUGCACCUGCCGAAGACACUGCGAGCUGAGUAUGGCGGAGGGCUGAAGGAGUUUGUGCAAGCAGAAGUGGACUACUUUGAGGGCACCGACGAUCAGGACCACUUCUUCACCACUCAGGAGCGACAGUGGCUUGUUUUACACCUGCUGCAGACUCUGAGGGCCACCCAGGGAGACACUGUGGCAGGUCUCAAGCUGAUAGAGGGUCAAGCCAUUGUUCCGAAGUGUGUUGCUGCUGGUGUAAUCUCACAGGUUUUUCCUUUGCAUGAUCAGCCAGCGUUGCACAAACUCCGCAAAACGUGGGUCCGCUCCUUCACUAGAACUCAGCCUUUAGAUUCUAUAAGCACCUAUUUUGGUGUGAAGAUCGCCAUGUAUUUUGCCUGGCUUGGACACUACACCACAGCCCUUAUUGUGCCUGCUAUUGUUGGUUUUACUUUUUGGGUGGGCUUCGGGCGAGGGGACCAAGCGACUGAAGAUGUGGGGUUCGUGCUAUUCUCAUUCUUCAAUGUGUUGUGGUUCAGCGUGUAUCUGGAAGCAUGGAAGCGGUACUGUGCCGAGCUUGCGUACAGGUGGGGCACUUUGGACCAGAGGGAUGAACUGUUACAGGAACCCAGGCCUCUGUUUACGGGUCCACUGGAAGUGAGCAAGGUGACCGGAAGGCUGGAACCAACCUACCCGGUCUGGAAACGUAACCUGUUUCGAUAUCUUGUUAGUGUGCCUGUCAUCUCCCUCUGUCUCAUCUGUGUCUUUGUGGUCAUGAUUCUCAAUCUAAAACUGCAGGACUGGUGGGACCGUCAGAUCGAAGCACAAGGCUAUGCCUUCUGCUUGAGCUACCUGCCCAAGAUCCUGCUGGCGGUGGGAAUAACACUACUGGACGAGGCGUACUACAAGGUGGCGUGCUGGCUCAACGAUAGAGAAAACUACAGGCUAGACACCAAGUAUGAGAACCAUCUAAUCGCCAAAGUAGCCGUGUUUCAAUUUGUGAACUCCUUUCUAUCACUUUUCUACAUUGCAUUCUAUCUUCAAGAUCAAGAAAAGUUAAAAGAGCAAUUGGCAGCACUGCUGAUAGCACGUCAAGUGAUCGGCAACGUGAAGGAGUCAGCACUGCCGUACCUGCUGGAACAGCUGCGGCUGGCUAAGAUGUCCUUUGACUUGUUUGGAGCGCUGAGUCCCAGCGAGGCACAUCGUGAGCCUCCUGGCUCUGAGAGCCCUGGCAACGAAUCCGACAAAAAGCCUAGUAGCCGCAACGUGAGCCAGGCCGAGCUCGAGAGCUCCUUGUUUAAGUAUGAUGGAACGUUUGCCGACCACCUUGAGAUGUUCAUACAGCUGGGUUAUGUUGUUCUGUUCUCAUCUGCGUUCCCGCUGGCUGCAUUGUGUGCUCUCAUCAACAAUCUCGUUGAGAUACGUAGUGACGCAUUCAAGCUGUGCUUCAUCUUCCAGCGCCCCUUUGGCCAGCGAGUGCCCAACAUCGGCACCUGGCAGAAUGCGAUGGAAGCAAUGGGUCUGAUCGCUGUACUGGUGAACUGUGCACUCAUUGGACUGUCAGGACCUGUUCACCGCAUGUUCCCUGAGAUGUCCACCACACAGACUAUCCUGCUCAUUGUGGCCUUGGAGCACACAAUGCUCAUACUGAGACUAUUGGUGACCUGUGCUAUCCCUGACUUGCCAGAAUGGGUCGCCACCGAGAUGGCUAAGGUAGAAUUUGCUCGGCGCGAAGCUCUACGCCGUCUGUCUACCGCUACGCCACCACAGUCCACACCGCCACAGCCCAACCAAUUACCCAUUGGCAGGUUCGUAGUGUCACCGGCAGCUGAGGAAAUAGAAAUAGCUCCUGAGGAAGAGACACAGGAGUUGGAGACAGUACAGGUGGAGGCUACCGCGGUCGUCGAAGAGUUACCCCCACCCUUACCUCAGGAGCCUCCGGCUGCUCCUGCCCCAGCCCCUGCUCCGGUCUCCACCAAUGACAAAAGAAGGAUACACAGAGAGUGGCUUGCAGCGGACGCAGAGGCUGCCCUUAGCCACCAUGUCACCAUCGGUCCCAGUGGUGGUGUGGAGUGGGUGCGGCGGCUAGGGUUGGAAGGUGUACGUAAAACUAGUGAGCCGGAUAUGGGUGGUGCUAAUGCAGUACACCGUAGUUCCGACUGUAUAGCUCUGCAACAACGAGACUCUGCAGCCAGUAGUUCGGACAGUGACUUACUACGCAGCGCACCACCGUGGUCACGCCGUGGUGGAUUCCAGUAUGCGAGCCAGGCCGUGGUACCCGCCAGUCCCCUUCCAGAGCGACCUGUUGCCACUGCUGCUGCAGAAAAUACGACUUCAGAUAGUUCUGUCAGCGAUUCAGAUGCUGCCACCCUUCUCGCUAAGAAACAGAAGGUGAGGCAGACGUUCAUGAAGCGUGCAAGAAGUGUGGCCAUAUUCUCGCUGAAGCUGAAAGAGCGUCGUGCCAAGGAGGCAGAGGGUGGGCAGGUCCAGAAAACCAAGGAGAAAGACAAGCCAUCGCCUCGCACACCGAUAGACCCGUCACCGACGGCACCCAUGGGUGAACUGUCGUUCGUCCCCAUCGAGAAGCUGAUCCAGGUUGAAGACGUUAAGAAAAACAAGUAGUGCCUCACUUCUCCACAUAUCUUCCCACCUCAGCAGAGAAUAUAUUUUUAAAAUAUUACGAUCAGACGUUUACCUCUGAACGGGGGAUAUUUAAGAGUUCACCCUAACUUGGAUUGAAUGAGUGGAUUAUGUUGGGUCGGCACAAAUUAUGAUUCAAACACCCAGAAUGGAAGUAGAAGGAACAUAAUUUUAAAAUUACAAGUUAGGCGUUAACUCUUAGCAACACUUUUUGUAACAAGUUCUUAAGUUCUGUCUUCCUGUUAAAAUUGGAAUAAGUGUUAUGUGGCUAAAUUGUUAAACAAUAUUUUACUCCAAAAAAAAAAAACAACAUAAAGGACGUACUUUUAAUUUUUAUUUCUACGUGCGGAGAGUUUGGAAAUAAUAACGCUGUGUUCAUAUUUUGUACGAUGGAAUGAAUGAUAAAUAAUGGCUUUAAUGGCAUGGACUGUUAUUUGUUGGCUUUAUAUUAGAAUAGUUUGUAAACAAAGGUCCAGCUUACCUAUUGAAGACCAUAAUGUUGUUGAGUCCGAAAUCGUUGUUAUGAGGUAACGUGUUUAUGAAACAGAUAUAUUGUGAAGUAUUUUACUUAAAUAAUGUGAUGCGCUCAAAGUUGAUUGAAUUCAUAUUUCACUUUCUAUUAAUUUUUCUGUAUUAUAAAUUUUUUACAAUAAAAUUAUUGACUCAUUUGUAAUAAUUUAAUGCUUAUGAAAUGGAGGUCAGUGAAAAGAUUUAAAAUUCCAAGAUCAUGUUUAGUAAAGGUUAUAUUUUAUUUAAUGGAGGGCCUUGUUUAGAACUUUAAAAAUUACUACUACACAAAUCUUUUUUACAAAAACUUUAACAUUUAAUUUUUCUAUACUAGAUUUUAAAGUGAAAAUGAAUCUAACAACAGUAUGCCUCUGUUUGGGUUGUUCGUAAUACAUAUUUUAAAGUUUACUAGAACAAUCGAGUUUUUAAUAAAAAUGUGUUAAACUACAAUGUUAGUACUUAUCGGUUAUUGUUUAUUAAAUGUGUUGUAUUAAUUCUAUUUACUUUAAAACUCAAACAGAACAUCUAAAAUAUUUAUUUAAGAAUCAAUUUUCAGGUAAAAUGUUUACUCUAAUUUUUUGUGACAAAAAGGAUCACAAAAUCUGCUAUUAGAUCUAUUAACAGAUUCUGAGAGCCUACACUUGUUAGCAAUAGAAGCACUGCAAUACUACACUGUAUAUAAAAGACUGAAUCAUACGUGUUAGUGGCUUUCUAUGGAUUCUAUAAUGUUAAUUAGCAUUAAUUAAUGUUUCCCCCUGAUCCAUGAAUUUUAUUUUGUUUAAAUCCGUAAAAUUAACUGUUUUAAUAGAGUAAGGUGACGGUUUACAAAAAUGGAACCAUUUAAAAUUGAAUUUUUAAUUGGUGUUUGUUACUUGUGUAAUGUGGACAUGAGUUUGUUGAGUUCAACAUCUUACAGAGUUUCCAGCACCCUCAGUCAUACAUUGCUUUCUUUGCUUCUCCUCUCAUUUAUUUUCUUUUGCAACGUAAGAUCUCUGAUUUUCUUUACAUGUCCAACCACUCCCUCUUGAUCCUUUCUAACAAUGGUUUUUACACUGAUUUUGCUUUUAUAUUUUCUUUUCCAAUUCCAUUUCUUCCAGCCAUUCCAAUGAUGUUCUUCAGAAACCUUCUUCUCAAACAUGCAACCUGCCCCUGUCUCUUUUCUUAUUACAAAAUCUUUGUUCCAUACGGAAAAAACAUGUUAAAUGAUUCAAAUAAUGCAUUGCAAAGUCAUUAAUAAUUACACAAUGCUACAAAUAAGAGUAUGCAGUUCCGAUUUUCUUGGUAACAGUUUAAUUUGUUAAUGGUAAACUCAUGAAUAUGGGUAUAAAACCAACACGGUUUUAAUCAUAAAGUGACAGGGCAAUUGGAUUGCUUCUUUUUAACUAAACUAGGUAGAGUACCGAAAUUAAAUUAAAGUGGAACAGAGGGAAACAUACCACGUUGCUUUCUCUGUCAUACGGCUGUGUGUAUCGUUAAGUUCCUUGGUUUGUAGGCUAGAGUCGCUCAAUCUUGUGCGUGUAUCGUCUGCUUAUUAUUUAAACAUUUACUAUUGCGUUGUCGUACUUUUCGUUCAAUGUUGUUUGUAGGCUUAGGUUAGUAAAAUGGUUUUAGCAGCACAUUUUUAACUGAGAAGCACUUUUAGACCAUAGGUUGUUGAAGGUAUCGUGUUUGUCCAACUUAGUUUGUUACUAGAACUUAAAGUGGCGUUGAUUUAUUGUGGGUGCAUAACAUUUACGAGCUUAUAUUACUUUACUUUUGAUUAAUAAUCAUUCAAUAAUUCACAGAUUAGUUAUUAGUUUUGGAUUUGUUGUUUGUUGAAAGUUGUCAUUGAAGAAACUACUUUUGGGUAGUUUUUAUACUGUGAAUGGAUGUUAUGCUUGUAAUUAACAGUAAAUAUAUAUUUAAUAUGCUUAUUUGGCCUACUUCGGUCAAUUUCAAAUUUUCUCUAAUUCAACAUUUAUUCAUUGUAACAAAUAUUCACUGUUAUGAUAUCAAGUUCAAUACCUUGCCAGACUAUGCCAGUUGUCACUAAUGAUAUGUUUUUUCUGUUGUUCUCAAUGUAAAGUACAAUGAGAGCUGUACUUUCCAUAGCUUAUUUAUAUUUGUUAUGUGUUUAGUUUGUUAUGUAUACUCUGAAAAUAUAUUUAUAAUCUCAGCAAUCUCAAAAAGAUUAAAUCCUGGUUGAUUGUUUUCUUUUUUUUUGCAUUCAGAGCAUUGGAUUGACUGUAUAAAUUAAAACUUUUCCGUAAAACACAAGAUGUCUGACAACUGUGGUCAUUAAGUGAAAAUCUAAUUAUUUUAUGCCAUUAAAUUUCAUCAACAGUUUUCUUUCUGAAACUGCUCUUAAUUUUCUUUCUGUUUAAUUUAGAAUUUUAAGUUGUUUUAAAUGUAACGUUUUCAAGUUUGUGUAAGCAAUACUUGAUUCAGUUUGAAAUUUUCUGCUUUUCAUAUAAAUAAUUUCAUUAUAAUGUUUUGUUAUCUUUUAGCUUCAAUUUAAACUUUAAUACAUUUCUAAACAAUACUAUAUAUUAUAUAAGUAAAAAAUUAAAGUAUCAAUAAAAAUCUUAAUCUUUAAUGUUAUCCUAUUUAAAAUUUUCAUGUGUCCAUUUACAUUUUAAUAUUGGCCAUAUUUUUACAAGGCCAAAAAUCAAACUUAAUGUGUCUGAAACAAUAUUACUAUGUUUUUUAUGAUGGAAGCAGGUGGUGGGAUUUCCAAUAUUGAUGUGCUAUUAAUUGUUGUUUAGUUUUAUACCAUUCCAUACCCGUCCAUGGCCUUUUAAGCCUAAAACUAUUUUUUUAGUAUUUUCUUACAAACAUGUUUUAUAUGGCUUGUUUAAGAUUUAUUUAAUAACAUUAUUUUUACUGUUAUUUUUAUUACAUAUUCUCUUUUGUACUUUAGUAUUUUUACUGAGUUAUUUAAUCUAUUUUAGUGUAAUUUUUUUAUGAACAUGUUAAAAUACCAAUAUUUUUAAUAUUGUUCAUAUAUUAAUAAACUUAACUUAUACUUUUAUCUUAGUGUAAACAUUAACUUAAUCUAUUACAAUUUAUGCAGUAUUAAUUAUUAUAGUAAUCAAAGCUUUCCUUUUAUUGAUCAUUUCAAUGUGGAAUUUGUCGAUUCAGUAUUAUUCGGAAUAUUACAGAAACCAGGAAAAUAUUGAUAUCAAGACACUCUGCGAUUUAUGACUGUGUGUCAAUUUUGUGGACUCAGGCAAAAUCCAGUGUUAGCGUUUGGCCCAUAAAGUGCUAGUCAGUAAUAAAAUCGAGGUGUAAUAGCAAUAAAAUAAAGUGAUAGUUUGGUGGAUAAGACGUGUUAAACUAUAUAAGUGUUCAGUAUCUUGAAUGGGUCUACUGGUAUCGAAUCUGUUUUAAAAAAUUGACCGACUAAUCCUUGUACUCUUACUAUUAUUGUUUAACCACUAACAAUCAAAAUAACUGAUAAUAACCAAGAGAGAUAUUGAUAUUGAUUGUAAAACUUAGUUAUGUGCUAAAACUGGUGAAGUAAACGUCUAAAUAACUUUAAUGUAGAACUUGGCGUUACUCAAAGAAUUCUUUCAGUAACGAUCAUAUUAGUUCCAAGUAAUUUUUUUUCUUAAAAACCAAUGUCAAAAAUAUGUUUAAAUUGAGUAUUAUAUGUUAAUUUUAUUGAUACAUUUCAUUUAUUUUCAAACGUACUAUGGGAUUAUACAUUACCAUAAGGCACCACAAAUACUGUAUUAGUUAAUAUUUAUGUUAUAAUAUACUUUAAUAUAAUAUACUUCAUAUAAAAAUAUGACACAAUUUUAUUUUUAUAUAUUUAUAUUGUUUGUUUAUAAAAAUAUGCUUUGCAUUAUUUUUAAUAUAUGUCACACAUUAAAUCAAUGUAGAAAUAAAUAUAAAAUAAAGAUAAUUUUCAAUAAUAACUUCCUUUAUUUUAUUUUGAGUACUAAGUUCACAUGUGUGAGGAAAGUAAGUACUAUUUACAUAGUUUGAUGCUACAACUUGUUUCAGCUAAUUGUUUUAUAUUAAUUUUUUUAUUUGAUUUUACUCUUUAUUCUGCAUUAUUCUGGUUGUGCAUUAUCUAACAGGAAAUGAUAGAAACCGUAAUUAUUGACUGAGCAUUAGCGUAGCCCAUCACUCGUGGAACUGAUAAAUUUCAUUUCUGUUUGCCUGUACGAUAUAUCGAAAAUGAGAUGACCUUUAGACUUGGAAAGUUUUUAUGAAGCUUAAUUUCUAUAUAAGCAGCACUGAGUGUGAUGAUGAUAUAUGUUACUCCAUGGGGUUUGGCCGAGUGUUAGCAAAUACGUUUACAUUGGUCUUAUGGGUAACCGAUGGCAACGAGAAAAUAGCUGAAUAAAUAAUGUGUAAAUAAGCUGAAUACAGUCAUGUGGCUUAUUUAUGCAGUAAAAAGGAAAAAAGUCACUGACAAUAUUUGGUUUCAGUGCACUAAUGAGUUUAGUACCCUCCCUACCUAACCGGAACUUUUAUUAUUUAAAUAAUGCCAUGUCACCUAACUCAAUAAACAAAACUGUGAAUAUAUCAUAUAGCCAAAUAUCUUGUAAAAAUUACUUUUCUGUAUAUUGUCUUUCCGUCUAUCUGUCUACAGGACAAUUCAAGAAUGAAAUGAGUUAUAGACAUAAAUAUAUUAAAUGAAAAUAUUAAACAUGUUAUUUUGAGUAAUAAUAAUUUUGAAAAUAAUAAUAAAAAAUACCCAAUAUUGAAAAUUGAAUUCAUCUAAACGAUAUGACUGGAAGAUUUCAGUGCUAUAACUAUGAAUAAAAUACACAGCAAUCCUUAUAUGGAGCCUAAGACUAAAGUAAGGAUAGUGAAGGGGUAUAUUUGAAAUUUAGCAACUGUAGAAAAUUGGCAUUUAAUUUUAAAAGGGGUUAAUUUUAAAAAGAAUUAUGUUUUUGGAUUAGAAGAAGGCACCUUGAAGUAAAUAAAUGUUGAAAAAUGAAUUAUGCUAGCAAUUGUGUACUGUGGAAUGAAACAGUGACAGGUUUUGGCUUGAGAAUGUGUGGAGUCUCACAUUGGCCCCCAUUGCCGUGUCUCAAUAGUUUUCAACCUAAAAUGUAUACGUAAGAGGGCAGAAUAAAAAUAUUGUUCAAAAUAAUAUAUUUUAAUGACCCUUAAAGAAGAGCUUACGUUAAACAAUUGAUCAACACAGCUGUUUAAAAAUCACCACGUAAUUAUCCUAGAAGGUGACAACUGUUAAGAAUCUCUAACUAAACAUUUUUGUAAAUUAAUUGUAAUAGAUGACAUUGACAACUUCACUAGUCCAGCCCCCAUUAAUAAAUACUAAGGGCCGGCCUUUAUGACUUACACUUACUCAUUUAGACACUAUUUCAUUAUGUAAUAUAUUUCCAUAGUAAAUCUCUAAUGUUUUACAACAAAUUUAGACUAACUGAUCAUUUCUUCCUACACAAGUCUCACAGCAAACAUAAAACACAAAAAUUAAUAAUCCUCUAUAUCAUAAUUUGAGGUAAUGAGCCAGCUGCACUAGAAUACAUGUGUGCAUAGAGCAACAGCUGGAGCUGAUGUAUUUAGCUUGGUAUUUCCUGUCAAGGUAUUUCCAUAACUAAACUAUCUGGAACUAAGAAACCUGAUAUUUUAUCAGAUGAGAGCCAUGUUUCAGACAGAAUAGCAAUAUUGGAGGCACCUGUCAAGAAUGAAAAUAUUUCGUUUGAUUGGAUACUACGUAUAUUGUGGUAUGUGUAUUGAACACUUCUUUUUUACUUUUUUGCCUUCUUAAAGACAAUAUUUCAGAUAUUCAUAUGAAUUUUUGACCAUACCCUUUAACCUAGGUACAUAUGAAUUAAUAACACUUAAAGGAGCAUUAAGUUACAUGUAAUAUGUUUUAUGUGACUAGGAUUUUAGUUGCUGUAUCUAAAAAAUAGAUACUUACUUUCCUGUCUGUAACUAAACGUAAUCUCUAAGUAGAUAAUUUAAAUUUUAAUUGUAAUUUUGAACAUGAUUAGUAACGUGAUUCUAAUUUUUAAAAUACAUCAAUUUCAAUAUCUCAUGGUUAUUUUUAAAAAUAAGAAUUUAAAUAUUUUCUCAUGUGACAUAGAAUGGGAACUGAUAACUUUAGUUAGUUUUAUAGUUGGAUAUUUUACAUUUAUUCAGAAAACACACAUUAAGUUAUUUGUACUGUACGUCAGUGUCGAUGGAUAUAUUUUUGAAGUGCUGUGGUAUUUUUACAAUGAAUCUCCUAACUCAGAUUCCUACAGCUAUAACAGUUGAUAUGUAACUUAGUUUUCACCGAUGGCUGUAGAGUAGAUGAGGUUUUGUUUAGAGACACACAAGUUCCCUGUUAGCGUAGCUUGCUUCCGUUAAUGUUAGUGUAGGAUGGUUCCACUUAGAGUUUUGUUCUGUUCAGUUGGUAACCCUUCUAUACUGAUCUUAGAGGAUCGUAAUGGUUCAGUUGGUUUUCUGAAUUAUUUCAGUAAUGCAAAUGGUUUUGUGUAAUACCUAAGGGAAGAGCAAGAUUAAUGGAGAAGAAUGUUUAAAUAUGUUUUUAUUGGGCUAAAGAUAUGAGAUUUGUGUAAAUUUUCAAUGAGAAAUAACACUUUAGAUGAAUAAUCAAUCUCUGCUCGGAAGGACUUGGAUCCAAUAUUGCCCAGAUGUUUAUGUAUUAUAGUUGAUUUGUAAAAGGUCAUCCAGAAAAUUAGAGGCCAUGGUUCCCUAAAUCAAUCACUUUUACACACAUGCUACAUGGUUUGUAUUAAUUCUUGACAAUUACAGCACGUGUAUC